GUUCAGCAAAUAGCAGCUCAGCUUGUGUCAGCUUUAUAUUAUCUUCACUCUCACAGAAUCUUACAUCGUGACAUGAAACCUCAAAAUAUUCUGCUGGGUAAAGGUGGCAUUGUUAAACUGUGUGACUUUGGCUUUGCCAGGGCCAUGAGCUUCAACACUCUGGUUUUGACGUCCAUUAAGGGUACACCUUUAUACAUGUCACCAGAACUGGUGGAAGAGAAGCCGUAUGACCAUACAGCAGAUCUUUGGGCUCUUGGGUGUAUAUUAUACGAGCUGUUCACGGGUACACCACCAUUCUACACUAACAGUAUAUUUCAGCUGGUCAGUCUGAUCAUUAAGGACCCGGUCAAGUGGCCUAAAAAUAUGAGUCCAAUGUUUAAGGACUUCCUGCAAGGAGUAUUGACGAAGAACCCAAGACAGAGAUUGGCCUGGCCUGAACUACUUCAUCAUCCAUUUAUUGCUGAUUUAGUCAAAGUGAGAGAAGAAGAUGCCAACUUACCAAGUCCGUUCACCCAACCACUUACAGCAUCUAUGGUGCGCAUGAAAGAUGAACAGGCCAAGGAGAAGGCCCACCCUAAAGGCACGUCUAAAAUUCUUGCUAAAGCUCGGAAAAAAGCCAUGGAAGAUGAGGCAUCAAAGAAAGGUCAAGGUCAAACUAAUGUACAGCCACCAGGUGGUGGUGAUGGAACCCAACCACAGAAAAAAGUGGAGUCUGAAUCUAAAGAAGCGUGGGGUCCAAAGUUGAAGGCAGACGAGGGAGGGGAGAAGCAGGAGCUGAAAGUCCCCGUGCACCCUCCGAGAGAACAUACCAAGGACUGGGAGAACACCGGUCUAAGCAAGCUAUCAACAGAAGAGAAUACAGAUCCUACGCCACGGACGGACAGGAUCACCAAAGACUACGAGAAAGAGUAUCCUAGUAUUGAGGUCGAAGGGCGACGUACAAUUCGCAAAUCUUCCGACAAACAGAACACUAAAAAUAUUGAAAAUGUGAAACUGGAUGGAGAGGGCGAUUCCAAGGAAGUUGACAGUGAUGAUGAAUGGCAGGGCUUGAUUGAAGUAACGGAUCAGGACGGGGAACCAGAAUAUGCUCUCAAACUUUUGACCGAUAAAAAAUUCCUGGCCAAACUUAAUCAAAGAAUCGAGCACAGCUCAGCACAAGUUCUGGAUGGAAUGUUAGAGGGAGCAGCCAGGCUGCGGACAGUCCUGCGUGUGGUGACAAACCUUGUUACAUUAAAAUGUGAUGUAGAUUUAAUCGUAAAUGCAAUCAAAGCAUUAAACUUGCCAAUGAUGUCACUGAAGUUGUUAGCAGAUAUCAUGGAUAAAUCAAAAGUUAAACAGCAACCAUGGUGCCAACAGAUUCUGGUAGAUCUUGUUAUAGCAUUGAAUGCGUACUUUGCCAGUGAGAUAAGCUGGACAGAAAACAUAGAGAAACAAAUUGCCAAUGAGUUUUUGGAAGCUAUGGGGAUGUUUAUGUCAUUGUUGCCAAAGUUAAUGAAUCAGCAGGUAGAUGAAGAUCUUAGACUGAGAGAACAGUCCAUAUUGUGUGCCAUAUAUACAUGUGAAGCCAUGGAGAGAGACAAGAUGAAACUAGCUGACCAGUAUUUUAUGAUGGUAGCAAACAAACAUACAGCGGCUCUAGAUUCUCUAAUGGCCGCAACCUUGCCUGACACAACAGUUCUACAUAGACUUACAGAAUUAGCAGAAGGUAAUGAAGAGUUGGCGGUAGAUCGUCAUGAGAACCUUACACAGCUGAGUCUGUCCUGUCUCGCCACCAUGUUAAAUAUACCACUAGAGAUGGACACAGGAGCUGAUGGCAGGAGAAAGAAAAAACAUGAACAUGGAUAUAGGAUUGCACACUAUGUUGGAGAUAAGUUGGCUAGUAAAGGCAAUGAGAAGCUGACAGAUGAUUUCCUAAUACUUUUGAGACAUCCCCCUCAGUGUACAAAUAUGCUCAAGGUGAUCUAUGCAUGUUGUCAGGUGUCUACAACAUUUUGCUCCUACAUAUCCAACCAACAACAACAUAUGGAAUCUCUGCUGGGGGUCCUCAUGGGAAAAGUAGAGCUGGCAGAUAUGGAAGUAAACUCUGUAAUAGAGAUGUUGAUACAUGUUCUAAGCACUAUAGUCAUACAGCUUCAGACGUUACCGCCUACUUUGACAGAUGCUGCUAGUCUAAUGGUCUCAAUAUUUCUUGAAUCUACCAUAGCUAGUCAUACUGCUGCUGCAGCUCUGUUGUUUAGUCAGAUGGUGUAUUGUGGUGUAUCUGUGGAGGUCCAGCCAGAGGAGAUGUUACAGGCAUGUCUAGCUGUUUUCACAGAUCUACAACAGAUUUGUGUACGAUGUCCGUUUGACUAUGGUAUAAUGGAUGGUCUGAUGUUACUGCUGUGUGAAAUGUUGACACAGGCGGAGGCACCUGUAGCUCAACUUUAUAUAGAAACAGGCAUCUGGGGAACCCUGUGGCAUCGUGUCGCUCAAGCCCUGCAAGUGAUGAACCCAGAGACAGAGUUACCUAUACAUGACAUUGAGACAGAUAUGGAGGCCCAGAAGGGGUUUCAUGAACCGGACUGGUCACUAGUUUCCCCGCAGGGCCUCAUGGCUGUACUACAAAUGUCAGUAACUGUCUUCACAAAGGAAACACAACAAUGUAUACCAAACCUAGCUGUACCAGACAGUAUUAUAAUGUUGACACUCAUACAUCUUCUCAGGAAAGAAUUCCUUUACUCGCUUAGCAAAAGUUUUAAUGUGGAGGGACCGCAGUUGACAGUAGACCUGAUUCUGGAGGUUACACAGAUUUGCUGUUUUCCUUUUGCUGUGGAUGCCAGCGAUGAUCUGUU